UGGCUGGCGGCGGAGGUCGGCCGCCUGAAGGAGCAGGGGCCGCCGCGCUCGGCCGGCAGCUGCAGCCCCGAGGUGCAGCGGCUGAGGGCCGAGAACGAGAAGCUGCGCUACCGCCUCCUGCACCUGCGCCGCAGCCUGGCGGCCGAGCUGGCCCGGGCAGCGCCGGCGGAGCCCCCAGCCGGCGGCGAGACAGUCUCCAGUGGAAGUCCAACUGUUGCAUUGAAUCAAAAUAAAGAGGAGAAGGAAAGUGAAGUCAGUGGACACAGAAGUGAUCAUGAGCCAAGCUUCAUAGAAGACAGACUGAAGCUUUAUGAAGCACUGAAGAAAGAACAUGAUGCCUUGCUAGCUUACAGAGCAGCCAACCAGAGCAAGCCCAUCAAAAUUAUUCUGACAGAUGGAAAGACAGUGGAAGGGGAAUCAUGGAAAACCACACCAUAUCAAUUAGCUGUAGGAAUCAGUCAAGGGUUGGCUUCAAAUGCAGUCAUAGCCAAAGUGAAUGGUGAACUGUGGGACCUGGAUCGUCCACUGGAGGGAGAUUGUACUGUGGAGCUGCUUACGUUUGAUGAUGAAGAAGCACAAGCUGUUUAUUGGCAUUCAAGCGCUCAUAUUCUUGGAGAGGCCAUGGAAGGUUAUUACGGGGGCUGCUUGUGCUACGGACCACCAAUUGAGAAUGGAUUUUAUUAUGACAUGUACAUUGAAGACAGAGGUGUAUCCAGUACUGAAUUCCCAGCACUAGAGAACCGCUGUAAAAAUAUCAUAAAAGAGAAACAGGCUUUUGAAAGGCUGGAAGUCAAAAAGGAGAUCCUAUUAGACAUGUUUAAGUAUAACAAGUUUAAGUGUCGUAUACUUAAUGAGAAGGUGAACACACCAACCACCACAGUAUACAGAUGUGGUCCACUGAUCGAUCUCUGCAGGGGUCCCCAUGUGAGACACACUGGAAAAAUUAAGGCCCUUAAAAUAUUUAAGAAUUCCUCUACCUACUGGGAAGGAAAAGCUGACAUGGAAACUCUGCAGAGAAUCUAUGGAAUAUCCUUCCCUGAUAAUAAAAUGAUGAAGGAAUGGGAAAAAUUCCAGGAAGAAGCUAGAAGCCGGGAUCAUAGGAAAAUUGGAAAGGACCAAGAACUCUUCUUCUUUCAUGAUUUGAGUCCUGGAAGCUGCUUUUUCCUCCCCAGGGGUGCCUUUCUUUAUAACACACUCACAGAUUUCAUACGAGAGGAAUACCGUAGACGUAAUUUUACUGAAGUUGUAUCUCCAAAUAUCUUCAACAGUAAACUCUGGGAAGCUUCUGGGCACUGGCAGCACUACAGUGAAAAUAUGUUCUCUUUUGAGAUAGAGAAGGAAACUUUUGCCCUUAAGCCGAUGAACUGUCCAGGACAUUGCUUGAUGUUUGCCCAUCGCCCACGAUCGUGGAGGGAAAUGCCUCUUAGACUUGCAGACUUUGGAGUUCUUCACCGAAAUGAACUCUCUGGGACUUUAAGUGGCUUAACUCGUGUAAGGCGCUUCCAACAAGAUGAUGCUCACAUCUUUUGCACAAUAGAGCAGAUUGAAGAGGAAAUUAAAGGCUGUCUUGAUUUCUUGAAGUCAGUAUAUGCUGUCUUUGGCUUUACCUUUCAACUGCAUCUUUCAACAAGACCAGAAAAAUAUCUAGGAGAUUUAGAGAUUUGGGAUCAUGCUGAAAAGCAACUUCAAAACAGCUUGAAUAACUUUGCAGCACCGUGGACGUUGAAUCCAGGAGAUGGAGCAUUUUAUGGUCCUAAGAUUGAUAUCAAAAUCAAAGAUGCUAUUGGCAGAUACCAUCAAUGCGCUACUAUCCAACUUGACUUCCAACUACCCAUUCGAUUUAAUCUUACUUAUGUUGGUAAAGAUGGUGAUGAUAAGAAAAGACCAGUGAUUAUUCACAGAGCUAUUCUGGGAUCUGUGGAGAGAAUGAUAGCUAUCCUAGCAGAAAAUUAUGGAGGAAAAUGGCCAUUCUGGCUGUCUCCACGGCAGGUCAUGGUUGUGCCUGUGGGACCUACUUCUGAAGAGUAUGCGCGGCAGGUUUGCAGUGAGUUUUUUGAAGCAGGAUUUAUGUCAGAUGUGGAUCUAGAUCAGAGCUGCACGUUGAACAAGAAAAUUAGAAAUGCACAGCUGGCUCAAUAUAACUUUAUCUUAGUGGUUGGAGAAAAGGAAAAAGCAAAUAAUGCUGUCAAUGUGAGAACAAGAGACAACAAGGUUCAUGGAGAAAUUUCAGUAUCUUCUGCUCUUGAAAAACUCAAGAAGUUUAAGAAUUCACAUAUUCCAAAUGCAGAAGAAGAAUUCUAAUGUUGCUGUUAAGAAAAAAUAUAUAUAUUAGCUGCCCAUGUGAAAUAGUGUUGCUUUCCUCCUUUUGCGGCAGUAAUGCUCAUCUGAAAGAAUUUGCAGCUAAUGCGUGCACAAAACAAGGAAAUGUAGCAAUGUUGGUGCUUGAAGAAUAGCAUGAGAGUACAAAUGCAACUGGUAAUUCUUAACAAUCCUUUGGGAUUCCAAUCUGUGCUAGUUGCAGAGGUUUUUCUUAAAGUCUUACAGUUCUGUUAAAAUAUGUUGAUUUGACUGUGUAAAUGAAUCAGAGCUGCACUAAUUCAAGCAACAGGAGGCAGGGAAAUAUACUGGCUGCUGCUACUGCUGCUGAACUACCUCAGUCACAUAGCAGUUGCCUAACUGAUGUGGCCUGAAAUCCAAAGCUUCACCUUUGGGUUUCAUUUUUUUUCUAACUCCAAAUCAUGUCAAAUAUGUAUUUUUGGAGUAGGAGGAAAACAGCUUCUCUGCUGAAAAUCUCUGUUGAAAAUCUCAGAGAAAGAAGACACCGAAUGCGCUGGUGGGCUGUUUGCUGUAAAUGUGAUUGCCAAGAAUGAAGUUGAAUUAACCACUAUAUUGGUGUGUGUUAAGUGCUUUAUUUUUGCCUGUGUUUGCUGUUGGUUUGGCUCUUUAAAAACAAGCAAAAAAAAAUAAAAAAAAAUCACCUUUGGAAAACCUUUGUAUGUAAUUUAUUUGUGUGCUUGCUUGUGAUACUGAGUGCUAAAAAGGUAUGGGUGCCAUAAUGUUCAUUGUUUUUCAUUUUAAGUAUGAUGGAAUAUAAACUGGUUAUAUGUAUCUGACUAAAUUCUUUAUGAUUAUAAAUGACUUUUAAAGUUA